CCCCCCCCUCCCCCCUUUCCCCCCCCGCGCCGGCCCAGCCGAGCCCGGAGGCCCCCGGUAGCACCGCAUGGAGCAGCCGGCGGCGGGCUAAGCCCCUGCCCGGAGGGAGGUCUCAUGGUACCAAGUGACGUGUCCCCACUGUGAGAUUCGCUCCCCCCAACCUGAGAAGAUGUCAGGGAUGCAGGCCGUGUGGCCGUCCGGUACAGAAUGUAUCGCCAAGUACAACUUCCACGGUACUGCCGAGCAGGACCUGCCCUUCAGCAAAGGAGAUGUCCUCACCAUCGUGGCUGUCACCAAGGAUCCCAACUGGUACAAGGCAAAGAACAAGGUGGGCCGGGAGGGCAUCAUCCCUGCCAACUACGUGCAGAAGCGGGAAGGGGUGAAAGCUGGCAUCAAGCUCAGCCUCAUGCCGUGGUUCCAUGGGAAGAUCACACGGGAGCAGGCGGAGCGGCUGCUGUACCCCCCCGAGACAGGGCUGUUCCUGGUGCGGGAGAGCACCAACUACCCCGGGGACUACACCCUCUGUGUCAGCUGUGAGGGCAAGGUGGAGCACUACCGCAUCAUCUACUCCUCCAGCAAGCUCAGCAUCGACGAGGAGGUCUACUUUGAGAACCUCAUGCAGCUGGUGGAGCAUUACACCACGGACGCAGAUGGGCUCUGCACCCGCCUCAUCAAACCGAAGGUGAUGGAGGGCACAGUGGCAGCACAGGAUGAAUUCUCCCGCAGUGGCUGGGCCCUCAACAUGAAGGACCUCAAGUUGCUGCAGAUCAUUGGCAAAGGAGAAUUUGGAGAUGUGAUGCUGGGGGACUACCGGGGGAACAAAGUCGCCGUGAAGUGCAUUAAAAACGAUGCCACAGCGCAAGCCUUCCUGGCCGAGGCCUCCGUCAUGACGCAGCUCCGGCACAGCAACCUGGUGCAGCUCCUGGGCGUGAUCGUGGAGGAGAAGAGUGGCCUUUACAUUGUCACCGAGUACAUGGCCAAGGGCAGCCUAGUAGAUUACCUGCGGUCACGCGGGCGGUCGGUGCUGGGUGCAGACUGCCUGCUGAAGUUCUCCCUAGAUGUCUGUGAAGCCAUGGAGUACCUGGAAGCCAACAACUUCGUCCACCGGGACCUGGCGGCGAGGAACGUGCUGGUCUCGGAGGACAACAUCGCCAAGGUCAGCGACUUCGGGCUGACCAAGGAGGCCUCCUGCACGCAGGACACAGGGAAGCUGCCGGUGAAGUGGACGGCACCAGAAGCACUUAGAGAAAAGAAAUUCUCCACCAAGUCGGAUGUGUGGAGCUUCGGGAUCCUCCUCUGGGAAAUCUACUCCUUCGGGCGAGUGCCUUAUCCGAGAAUCCCCCUGAAGGACGUGGUACCCCGCGUGGAGAAGGGCUAUAAGAUGGAUGCUCCUGAUGGCUGCCCUGCCGUCGUCUACGAGGUGAUGAAGAAGUGCUGGACCCUGGACCCCGGCCACCGGCCGUCCUUCCACCAGCUCCGUGAACAGCUAGUGCAUAUCAAAGAGAAGGAGCUCUACCUGUGAGGGGGGGGCUCACCCACCCACCCCCCCCAGCAGCCAGAGGGGACCCACACUGGGGAGGGGACGGGGGUGUGAGCAGCAUCCCCCCCCCUUACCCAGCCCUAGCGCCGGACGCAACCAGGAGGGAGCCCUGGGUGGUGGGGGGAGAGUUCCUCCCCUCGCAAUUCUCCUGGUUGCUUCCAAACAUCCAAAUCAAGUUUGUUUUGUUGGUUUCAGUUCCCAGGUUUUAAGGGUUUGGGUUUGUUUUUUUGUUUCUCCUUUGGUCUCCCAGGCUCCUUUAUUAUUAUUGGGUUUUGUCUCCCAGGCUCCUUUGGGUUUGGUUUGGGCUUUGUUUUUUUCAGUCUCCCAAGCUCCUUUUUCUUUUCUCUUUGUUUGUUUGUUUGUUUGUUUGAUUUUGGGGGUCAUUUCUGUUUUGUUGUUGUUGGGUUUGUUUGCUUUUAUUUUGGGCUGGGUUCCUUGGUU